CGUCACUGCGUAUGUCAGGGCUGCAGCUGUCUUAGAGCAACAAUAACAAGCUCUCCCACAUUAACUUAGCACGGCUUUACGCUCCCUGACAGCGCCAAAUAACACCGAAUUUUGUCAAAAUGCGGCUAUCGGAAUAACACAGGCUUCUGUCUCCUCGUCGUCCGAGUCGAACACCGGGGUUACCGUCUCUGCCACCGUCGCUACAGACCCGGAGAGUCGGCCGCAGGGGGAACUGGGCAGGCAGGGCUGCAUCUGGGUCAGUGGGCCUUUCGGCGGCAGCACCGGUGUUAUCUCCACAGGCUCACAUUGCGCCUGUCAUUCAUUUUUAUAUAGCCUACAUACCCGCAUAACCCGCGGUACCAUGCAGGGGAACGGGGCAGGACAGGACCAAGACUCAGAACUGUCCUGCCGAAACGGUGCGCAGAACGGCGAGUCGUCCUCUACCGGAGAGGCUCACUCCAACGGACUGGAGUCUGUGACUAACAAUGGAAACACUGUCAACAACAACAACAACGGAGUGUCAGCAGCGCCGGAGUCCAACAACAGCAACGGCACGGCGGACGCGAAGAAGAAGAAGCGCCUGUCUCAGUGCGAGGAGGACGUCAUCAGGCUCAUCGGACAGCAUCUACACGACCUGGGGCUCAACCAGACGGUGGACCUCCUGAUGCAGGAGUCCGGAUGCAGACUGGAGCACCCCUCUGCCACCAAGUUCCGCAACCAUGUCAUGGAAGGAGAGUGGGACAAGGCUGAGAGUGACCUCAAUGAACUGAAGGCAUUGAUGCAUUCUCCAAGUGCUAUUGUGCGGAUGAAGUUCCUGCUGCUGCAGCAGAAGUAUCUGGAGUACCUGGAGGACGGGAAAGUGCUGGAGGCCCUGCAGGUCCUCAGAUCUGAGCUCACCCCUCUCAAGUACAACACGGAGCGGAUCCACAUCCUGAGCGGGUAUCUGAUGUGCAGUCAUGCAGAGGACCUGCGGGCCAAAGCAGAGUGGGAGGGCAAAGGCACGGAGUCCCGCACCAAGCUGCUGGACAAGCUGCAGACAUACCUGCCUCCCUCAGUGAUGCUGCCCCCCCGGCGCCUGCAGACCCUGCUGAAGCAGGCGGUGGAGCUGCAGAGGGAGCGCUGCCUGUACCACAACACCAAGCUGGACAGCGGGCUGGACUCUGUGUCCCUGCUGCUGGACCACGCCUGCAGCCGGAAGCAGUUCCCCUGCUACACUCAGCAGAUCCUCACUGAACACUGCAACGAGGUCUGGUUCUGCAAGUUCUCCAACAACGGCACAAAACUGGCAACCGGGUCCAAAGACACCACGGUCAUAGUGUGGCACGUGGACAUGGAAACCCAGCAGCUGAAGUUGAUGAAGACUCUGGAGGGUCACGCGUACGGGGUCUCGUACCUGGCGUGGAGCCCUGAUGACACAUAUCUGAUCGCCUGUGGACCUGAUGACUGCUCUGAGCUGUGGCUGUGGAAUGUUCAGACGGGGGAGUUACGAACCAAGAUGAGUCAGUCUCAUGAGGACAGCCUGACCAGCGUGGCCUGGAACCCCGACGGCAAACGCUUCGUCACCGGGGGCCAGAGAGGCCAGUUCUACCAGUGUGACCUGGAUGGGAACCUGCUGGACUCCUGGGAAGGAGUGCGGGUUCAGUGCCUGUGGUGUCUGAGCGACGGCCGGACCGUGCUCGCAUCCGACACCCACCAACGCAUUCGUGGAUACAACUUUGAGGACCUGACGGACAGGAACAUAGUGCAGGAGGACCACCCUAUCAUGUCCUUCACUGUUUCCAAAAACGGACGGUUAGCUCUGCUCAAUGUCGCAACUCAGGGAGUGCACCUAUGGGACCUGCAGGACCGGGUGCUGGUGAGGAAGUACCAAGGCGUGACCCAAGGCUUCUACACCAUCCACUCCGGCUUCGGAGGGCAUAAUGAAGACUUCAUCGCUAGUGGCAGCGAAGCUGACAGCGUGUCCUGUCUCCCGUCAGACCACAAAGUUUACAUCUGGCACCGGCGCAGUGAGCUGCCCAUCGCAGAGCUGACGGGUCACACCCGCACGGUCAACUGUGUGAGCUGGAACCCCGUCCUGCCCGGGCUGCUGGCCAGCGCCUCUGACGACGGGACCGUCCGGAUCUGGGGCCCCGCCCCCUUCCUGGAUGUCCAGGAUGCAGACGGGCUCAAUGAUUGCAGCAGCAUGGACAGCUGAUGGCGUGCGCUGAGCCUGAGGAGCAUUGAGACUCUGUGAACUCUUUGAAAUUAAGAAGCCGGAAGUGCUCCCGUCGUCAGGCAGUAGCUUCCUGGAGACGGCCCGCCGUGCUGCAUGUCAGGAUGUCACUACACAGAGAUGUCAGAGCGGGCCACAUCAUCCUGAGCAGAGCCGGACACAUGAAGCUCUGAACCCUCCUCCUCCUCCCCCCCCUCCCCCUCUGUUCCACCCAGGACCACCAACCUGCUCUUAUUUAUUAUCAGCUAUAUUAUUUAUUCAUGAGUAGUUUACUGACUAGGCUGUCACAUAGCGGCGCCUUGCUGACCGUGUGUUUUAAGGUUUUUUUAAAUGAGCUGCUCACACCCAGCAGCAAAGACCUCCUUUUUCCUCCGUUACCUGCAGAACCUUUUUAGAGAUUUGAACCAUCCAAACAUCACCUAUUUGAGAAUCUUUUAAAUAACCAUGUCUUUUUUUUCAUGCACUGUACAUUUUACAUGUUUAUUUCUGCUCCUAGCCAGAGAGAGUAGUGUUUGAUGAGCAUGUUUCACACGUCCUGCUACACCUCUCCAACCCGCUGUGUGUCAAUGCCUUCUGAGAGUACGCAGCAGCUGAUGUGAACAGUGUGAGGGGUCUCCUGUCAGCACAGAGGAUCUAAGUAGAGUCCUUCUUGCCAUCAGUGUGGAUUUUAACCUUUAUUUUUCGCUGUAGCUUCAGUAUUUACUCCUUGAUUCGUCUUGUCAAACAGCAUAUGAGUUUCACUUGGUUUGGUUUAGUUACAUGUUCUGAGUUUAAUGGUGUUUGUUUUGAUUUAGUACAGGUGGAGAUAUGAUGUUUAAAAACACUGAUUUAUUGCUUUAUCCUCAACGUCCUGGCUCAGUGUGAAGUGUUUUAGAGAUGAGGCUGGUGUUACACUGUUUUAUAUUGUUAGAAAAUCUAAUGCAGAAACCACGAAUGUGUUCAAGGUGAUGAAGUUAACUCAUAAUAAAUGUCAGGCGUUGAUACACACACACACCAACUCCCCAGAAGAUACAGUUAUUCUUUUUUGGUUUCUGCAUUAGAUGUCAUUAUGCUGAAAAGAAAUAAAAAAUUGCCAGCCUUCUCCUUCAAUCUGAGCACAUCCCUUGUCACACAACACGUUCGUACACAAGUGUAACACAUGAAGUGAAAAUCAAAAGAGCAAUUUUGCCUACUAUGAUAUUCUAUGCUGUGCUGUGUAUGUAUUUGUUAUGGCAUGUAUUUUGCGGCUGUGUAGAGUGGCAGGAUGUCAGGUGUGUUCGGGGUUCCCUUUCAAGUUUUUUUUUUUUACUGUCAAAACACUUUCAAAGCGUUGCACCACAUUUUCCAGACUUACAAAUUCACUUUACACUUUGGAUAUUUAAAAUGGAUCUUUUUGUGACGUUUUUUCCAAACUGCUUCUACAGAUUUUUUUUAAAGCCUUUGAAGUACAGGAGCGUGGGAACCCUGUUUAUCAUCAGCAGCUCCAACUCCUCCAUCAGAACACACACGCUAGAGAUACACAACAAUAGAUGUCUGACUCACACACACUCGAUCUGCUCACAGACUUGGUGUUCUAGUGACUUUAUUUAUUGGAGUAUUUCUGGCUUCUCGCUGUAAGAAGCCACAGUAGGAACUUAGUUUGCUUGCAGGCAGUUUCUGCCAGAAAACCAUUUUACAUUUUAAAUGUGUUACUACAAAAAAAGUGAUUGUACUGUUCUGUAUUGUAUGUAGAAGAAGUGUUAUGUAUGCAUAUUUUAAAUAAAUAAUUCAGGGUUUUAAAAUGUAAA